UAAACGCUCUCAGCAGUUGGGACGCCAGUCGUGGUCGAGACUCCGAGCACCGAAAGAGAAAAUUUCAUAGAACGCGGCCGAGAUUCUGGCAUCUAUAGAUACAACAUUAGAUACAGACAUUCUUAUAUGUAUUAGCGGCUGUCAGAAUCAUCUCCAAGAUAUUGAAACAUUCAAAAAUUUUUCACGUACAUUUCACCGGUACAAAGUAUAACUUUUACCAAUCUGAAAUAGUCUCGUAACGCCUAUAGGCCACCAGGAAAGAAGACUGCAAUUUCAAAGUGAUAUAAUUACCCAAGAAUAUGAAUGCCUUGAUGGCCAGUUAAAAAUAGAUGACCAGAACAUGAGUGCCAGCACAAAGAUAGAUCGCGAAAGUAGCACACACGCUCGUCUGGACAAGGAAAUGGAGCAGCCGCAGCGCCAACGUCGUCGCCUUGGACGCAGUCACCGCGAAGCAACGCCCGUCCAGCCGCCGGAACCAGAUCCGUAUCCACCAGACCCCUCGCCCCAGAUGGUGCGCAUGCAGAUCCGGCCGCCGGGCUCGCUGUCCGCCCACGAGAGCAAGAUUUUGCGGCGCCGGGACAAAACCUUUGCCAGUGCCUCGGCACGCAGUCAAUCGCAGCCGCGGGAGGCGGAGAAGCUGAGCAGUCCGGAUGCUCACCAGUUGAUCAAACACCGCAGCUUGUCGUCGCCGCGCCACAAGGAGGAGUCCAGCGAGAGCGAGCUGACCACAGGGAGCAGUAGCCAGCAGCGAGCGGUGGCCGGUUUGGGACAGAAACACGAUACCCUCACCCGGCUGGAGCAGAACCUGCAGCGUUUCGAGGACGAACGGCGGCGGUUUGAGGCUGAUAAGCGAAUCUUUGAGCGGGAGAAGCGGGAGCACAAGCUCCGCAAUCGCCAGCAACUGGACAACGAGGAGCGGAAGCGCCUGCUGCAGAGCUACCGCAAGCUGAGCGAUCGUAUACAGCUCCCGCAGGACGAGGAAGAGCGCCGUCGUCUCAUCCACAGCCUGCGCUUGCAGCGCCACGAGGCGCCCAAGGGCCGUGUCCGGAAUCGCAGCAGUGGCUACGAGGAGUCAUCCACGCAGUUCAGCUCUUCCGAUGCCGAGACUGCCGAGGAAGUGCAUCGCAGAACCCGAGUGCAGAAAACGCCCCAGGGCUAUGUGGCAGCUCCCAUUCGAGGGGCUCCUCCACCCCCACCGUCGGCUGUGCCCAAGCCACCGGAGAGGCGCUCCGUGAGCAGGAACAACUCCCUCUCGCCGGUCCGGCCACAAAGGCGCUCCAAGACACCCGAACAGCGGGAGGAGAUCAUCCGCAAGCUGGAGUAUGUGGAGGUGGGCGAGAGCCGAGACGAGGUGGUAAAACCAAGAGCCACGGAGGCGGAGCAGCAGUCGGAUUUGAUGCGGAAGUACAUGGAGGCAGCCGAGCGGGCCGCAAAGGCGGAGGCGGCUUUGGCAGCACAGAGUCUGGCAGUGGAGGGUGUUCGUCGCAGCAACAGCCUACGAUUGGCAGAGAAGGAGGAGAAGCCAUCAAAGUCCGAAGCGAAACGGAGCUCCAGUCUGGAGAGGCCACUCCGUGCUAACCGAUCCGCCAGCCUGGAAAGAAAUGCGCCUAAGGAGGAAGUCAUACCCACACCCGAAGAGCACGAAGAUCCAGAACCAGAGCUGGAAACAGAGGAGAAGGAGGAUAUACCUAGUGCGCCUGAAGACUACUCCCCGGAAGCAAAGACCAAGCCCACUUUCCUCGAGCGCCUAAAAGGACUCUUCCGGCGCAAAAAGAAGAUCCCAAAAGAAGAAGUCAUUGUAGAUGUGACCACAAAACCACUUCCAGAGAAGCUAGUGUCGAGAGCAUUUCUGUACCAUCUUCGCCUGGAGGCCAGACACGAGUGGCGGCGCCUCAAGUUGGACUAUCCCCAGCGUGUUGAGGAGAUGCGUCUGAUACGGAACAAGUGCGUCUCCCACUGCAUCUGCCUGGCCAUGUUGCUGGGAUUUGGAGGCCUCAUGUUCCGAUACACGGAGGGCGCUUCCGAGGACAUCUACAAGUGCCAGGUGCGCAAGGUGAAGCGUGAUUUCAUUGACAAUCUCUGGGAUGUCAGCCACAACAUGAGAGAGGAUGACUGGAAGUCCUUGGCACGCCAGAAGUUACGCAAGUUCGAGGAUGAACUGAACACGCUGGCCGAGUUGGGACUGAGGCGCUUUCCAGGACAGAGGUCCUGGAACUUUGUCAAUUGCUUCAUCUUCUGUUGGACCGUAAUAACAACAAUAGGUUACGGCCACAUCACUCCAAAGACGCCCCUGGGCCGAUCCCUUACCAUCAUCUAUGCCAUCAUUGGGAUCCCCGUCUUCCUGAUUGUCCUCGCCGAUUUGGGAAAGCUCUUCACACGCAGCGUCAAGUUCCUGUGGGCCUAUGUCCGUCGACUCUAUUACACGCGCUCCUGCCGUCGGAUCCGGAAGCAACAGCAAAUCCGAGAUGCGAUGACAGGCAUCAAUACGGUCUACGACUUCGCCAUCCGACGUCCCAGCAAGUACUUUGGCAACUCCGGCGAGGAUAACGAGGAGAAUAACGCAGAGGCGGAUGCCGAGGCAGGACGAUCCCUGGCCACUUCCCAUCCGGAGACACCCACAUCACCGUACCCGGAAACUUUCGAGGUGGACGACGAGUUCAACCUGCCCAUAUCAGUGGCGACCCUGCUGCUCGUCUCAUACAUGCUGCUGGGCACCUUCUGCUACAGAAUUCUGGAGGAUUGGCCGCUCUUGGACUCCUUCUAUUACAUGUUCAUCUCGAUGUCCACCAUCGGCUUCGGCGACUUGGUGCCCACCAACCCGAUAUACAUGAUGGUCAGCAUGAUCUACCUGAUCUUUGGCCUGGCCCUGACCUCCAUGUUCAUCAAUGUGGUGCAGAUUAAGUUGAGCGACCAUUUCAAGCACGCCAGCGCUAAGGUGGGCGCCACCAUCGGCAUGAACAUGGCCAGCGAGUUUGGCGAUGAGACCGGCUCCCAGGCGAAGACGCCCUCGGAGCUGGCAUCAGUACAUGGCUCACGACUAGAUCGGAUCGAGGAGGAUGGUCAGGAGGGAAAUGGCGGAGCAGCCAGUCCCCCGCCACCACCUCCCACCUCAAUCCUGCGGGCACCGCGUCCGCUGUCUCCGGUCUCCAAUGCUUCCGCAGACAAUGUCAGUCCACCACCCCUGCUGCCACGUCGUCAGGUGUCCGUGGAGCCUCAGCCGCAGGACGCGGUAGAGAACAAGAAAAAGAAGAAGCACCGAUUUUUCUAGAGUCUGGGUGACCGUUUGGCAAGGAUCUGCCCUGAAAGGGAUGCCAAAAAUGUGACAGUUAACCAGUAAGGACCUCAUAAAUGACAAGGCAAUUUCAAUCGAAUUUACGACCGGGCUGUUCUGCGAGAGCAUCGGCUACUCUAUUUAUUAUUAGUUUGUUAUUUACUUUUACUUUUCAUCUAGAAUAAGGCUACAGUUAAUUAAAUAAAAG